GCAGAGCCACCCGCGUGGCAGAGAAGCUGAGACGGGCCCAGACACCCCCAGCUCUCGCUCACGCCCAGUCUCCCUGCUCCCCGCCGACAUGAAGGUCUCCGCCACGCUUCUGUACCUGCUGCUCACAGCCGCCGCCUUCAGCCCCCAGGUGCUCGCCCAGCCAGAUGCACUCAGCGCCCUAUUCACUUGCUGUUUCACAUUUAACAAUAAGAAGAUCCCCUUGCGGAAGCUGGAGAGCUAUCGAAUCACCAGCAGCCACUGUCCCCGGGAAGCUGUCAUCUUCAGCACGAAACUGGCCAAGACUAUCUGUGCCAACCCAAAGGAGAAGUGGGUCCAGGAUUAUGUGAAACACCUCGAUCGAAAACCUCAUACCCUGAGGACUUGAACUCUUCAAGCCACACUAAGACCAAGCCAAGUAUGAGAAUCGAACGACUGUUUAUGCUCCUCCAGCUUCCCCAGCUAGACCCUGGACUAAUUUUACUAUAGUUUCAAAUAGUGUGCUGUUUUGUGAUGCAAAAGAUGUACUAUGUGUUAAGUAAUAUUUAAUGUUAUUUGAAUUGUUGCUGGUUUGGGGCUUAUUUUGAAUACUGGGGACCUUUUUUUUUAAAGCAAGGCCUUGAGCCAGUUGCUUCCUGUCAUCAGCCAGGGUUCCAUCCCUUGUAAAAGCUGCAGGCAGCGGAUCUGUCUCCUGCCUAACUCCCCGGCCGAUGCGUGUGCCUACAAAUCAUGGAGAUGAAGGGCUACUCCAAUCCGGGGAGGGGAGGGCCUUGUGAAAGCAAGGUGCAGCUAAAUAUGUUAUUACAGAAAGGAGAAUGCCAUUCGUAAGAUUGUUGACUUUUUGCAGAAAGUACAUCGUGUUUAAAAUCUCCCAUGGUCUCUGAAAAACAAACGGAGGGUUCUAGGGGGGAGGGGGGU